AGAGAUGGAGGUAGUAUGGUGUAUGAAACAGUGCAUAAGGACCUCCCAGUGGGUGAUAUUACAUCCCUGGAGGCCUGCCCAGUCAUUCCUGAGUCAAACACUGGGCUAUAUCUGCUGUCUGGCACCAGUCAGGACUUCAAAGAUACCAUUGUCUUAGCCCUGCCAUUGCCACCAGGUCUCAGUCAGUGGUCAUCUACUACCCAGCACCCAGAUAUCACAAUGUCAGACAUCUUGGGACGUCCAAAAGGGAACCCAAAGGCUUUCGACAAGCCAAAAUGCAAGAUUUCUGCAUCCCGAAAACUUUCUCUUAAGAUGCUCCUCCUCAACAGAGCUGUGGAGGAGCUGGAGAAGGAGACGCAGGACAGGGACGAGGAGAAAGUGCGUUACCUGGGAGAAAAACUGCCUCCUCUGCAGCUCUCGGGUCUCUCACUGGGGGAGUUACAGAAUCUUUGCAGACAGCUUCAUGAGAAGAUUGAUAUUGUAGAUGAAGAGAGGUAUGACUAUGAAGCUAAGGUGAUGAAACACAACAAAGAUAUUCAUGAGCUGAAGCUGAAAGUUCAAGAUCUGGGAGGUAAGUUUAAGAAGCCAGCCCUGAGGAAGGUCCGCGUGUCUGCAGAUGAGAUGAUGCGAGCUCUCCUGGGCUCCAAACACAAGGGCUCCAUGGACCUCCGAGCAAACCUUAAGUCUGUCAAGAAGGAAGACAUCAAGCAAGAGAAGGUCCUGACUUCUGAGGUAGGUGACUGGCGUAAGAAUGUGGAAGCCAUGUCUGGUAUGGAAGGCCGAAAGAAGAUGUUUGAUGCUGCUGGAGGAGGCCAGUAGAGUUCAUCUUGAGACCGAUGUGAUCUUCUGGAGGGUCAUGGUGAGGGCAAAAGAAGGGAAAGCAGCUUACAGUUUCAAUUGAGCUUGACCUAAUUAACCAAUCAAGAGUCCCGCUUGUCUUAGAAAUCACCUUACCUGUCUUUUCAGGUCUUAAUUAAGGAUUAAAAAAUACUGGCAAUCAACUAAACUCCGAAGCCACCUUAAACGUUAUAAAAUUAACUUCAGGUUAUUUCUUUCUCUUAUAAUAAGUCAAUCAUGGACAAUUAAUAAAUAUGUAUUAGAACUAUUUAAAGCCACCUUUCUGUUUCUGUAUUUGAGUUCAGGUUGUUUCUUGAUCUCUUCUAAUUGUGGAUUACUUUAUGGAUAAUGAAUAGUUUUCUGUUUUUAAGAGUGCGGUCCCCUGUGUGUUACCAAUUGUAUCUGAUCUGAAAUAGUGCCGUAUAUGACAUUAUAGAUACUACAGAGAUGAGAUGGGAAGGGGCUAUAGACACUCCACCAAAAACAGUUGUACUAUCCCAUUUUCUGUGACAUAGUUUAUCUGUAUGCAUUAUUUAAAAGUCUUAAAGUGUGUAUUAAACGCUCCUAAAGCAA